UACGUUACAACUGUCAAAAUGAAUUUAAUUCUGUUUAAAAUUUAAAAACAUUGAACAUAACAUAACCUAUCAAACCCUUACAUCAAAGUUAAACGAUCAAACUUGUAUAUUAUUCUCUGAAUCUGCUUUAAUCGCUUCAAAUGUCCCAUUGCAGUGGUGCUAACGGUGGUAUAAAUUAGGAUUUAGGAUAUGGUGGCAAUCCUCCUAGUGGAUUUAUAAUUUUCUAUAAUCAUAAUCUCGAUCAUUAGGAAUACCUCUAUGAAUACUCAUAUGUGUGUAGUGUGUGAUAAAACUUUUAAUAGCAAAGGCAAUGUUAGUAGACAUCUUAAAGCAAUUCAUGGGGUGCAGCACGCUCCUAAACGUGGUGCAAGGCAUAUGGGCAUAAUAUGUGGAAUUUGUAAAAAGGAAUUCUUUGAUAAAGCCACCUUAACUAGACAUACCGCUAAAGUGCAUAAACUUAGCCAGCACGUUGUGUAUGACAAGAACAAAAAUAUUAGAUGCGAAGAAUGUAAAGUUGCUUUUAGUUGCAAAAAACAGUUAAUAAGACACUUAGUGGCCCUACAUGAAUUUGAAGAAGUGUACAUUCAACAAGAAUUCAUGAGAAUCGAAGAUUUUCGUGAAUGGCUCAAAUGUGAAGAGGAAAGUAACAAAGUUGAAUACAGUCGAGUAAAUGGGAAGACAAUUGGAAAACAAUUCAGUAGAUAUUUGUAUGAAUGCAAUCGCUCAGGAAAACCACCUAAUACUUGCACUAGGAAACGGUUACAAAAAUCCCAAGGAUCCGUAAAGAUAGGAUAUGCGUGUACCAGUCAUAUUAUUAUAAAAGUAAAUAAUAGUACCGGAGCUGUACAUAUGAAAUAUUUGAAAACACAUUAUGGACAUACCUUUGAAUUACAGCAUAUUCGUAUCCCUGAAUCUUCAAAAACUGCAGUUGCAAGUAAACUUUCACUGGGAGUUUCUGUACCUAAAAUUAUAAAUUCUGUACGAGAUAGUAUUGACGAAAAUGCAUUACAGCGUGUUGAUUUAAUAACUAAGAAAGAUAUUUCUAACAUAAGGAAAUCAUUUGGACUCAAUGUUCUAGAUGGUGUCAGGCAUAGUGACGACGCAAUAAGUGUAGCACUUUGGGCGAAAGAAUGUUUAAAUGACAAAAAUAAUCCUAUUUUAUUUUAUAAGACGCAAGGAUCAGAAGAUACUGUAUACAGCCUAGACACCUCUGAUUUUUGCCUAAUAUUGAUGAAUAAGUUUCAAAUGGAGGCCAUAGGUAGAUUUGCUAACAAAUUUAUUUGCAUAGACAGUACUCAUGGUACCAACCCAUAUGACUUUGAAUUGACAACUUUAAUGGUAAGUGACGAUUUCGGUGAAGGAAUGCCGGUAGCCUAUAUGAUUGCCAAUAGAACUGAUACAAGAGUGUGCGAGAUAUUUUUUAUUAAUAUAAAAGCAGCAGUAGGCCAUGUGGCUACAAAUACAUUCAUGAGUGAUAUUACUAACAUUUAUUAUAAUGCAUGGGUUAGUGUUAUGGGUACAGUAUCGAAUCGACUUUACUGUUCCUGGCAUAUAGACCGAGCCUGGAAAUCAAAUUUGAUGAAAAUUUGCUGUAUUAAUCGAGAAGAUUCUAUUGAAAAGAGGAAAAAAGUGUACAAGGCCCUUAAAGUUCUUCAAACUACAUUAGAUAAUGAGAAAUUUGAAAAAUAUUACGAAGAAUUUUUAACAGAAUUAUGCAAUGAUCCAGAUACAAAAAGUUUCUAUGAGUAUUUCUGUAACAAUUACGGGAACAACUAUUUGUCCUGGGCAUAUUGCUAUCGUAAGGAGCUGCAGAUCAAUACCAACAUGUACCUUGAGAGUAUGCACCGCAUCAUCAAGUAUGAAUAUUUAGAAGGUAAAAAGGUGAAACGAUUGGAUAAGAGCCUCCAUAAUUUACUACGAUUUACUCGUGACAAACAAGUUGAAAGGCUCAUCAAGUUAACAAAAGGUAAGACCACUGAUCGGUUGACUGCAAUUAAUUCAAGCCAUAAAAGAGCAAUAGAUUCCAACUUCAGUUGUGAAAGAAUCGAAACUAGCCAUGAUGACUAUCAGCAGUGGUCUGUGUGUAAUCUGAAAAAAGAGACAACUUAUGUGGUUACUGAAAAAACACCGGAUACUUGUUGUGCCUUGAUUUGUCAAACUUGCAGAGUAUGUUAUCACUCAUACAGCUGUACGUGUGUAGAUUAUUUUAUAAAAUCAAAUAUUUGCAAGCAUAUUCACUUCAUACGCAUUCAGAAUUUUGAGGAUGCCAGUAAUACACUGAGUAAUUCUGAAAGUAAAGAAAACAGUGUGCAUGAAGAAAUAGAGUCGUCCUUAAAGAGUCUUUCAAAAGAAUCUCGUGAUAGUGGAAAAUUGCAAAAUACGCUCGUAGAUAAAGCUUUAGAAGUGGUUGCAUUGGCACGUAAAUGUACUGUGCCUGACAUUUUAACCACUGCACUCAAACAGGUAACUGCUUCCAGUUUGUUGCUAAAAAUGGAUGGAGAAACAAAGCAGAUACCAAAAUUCCAAAUGACUGAAGCAACAAAGAUGGAGCCGAGUAAUAAAAAAAUUAUGAAACAGAUUUCGUUUUUUUCUACAAAAAAAAGAAGAAAACAGCUGCAUAAAUAAAUUUGGAAAGGUCCUAAUGCAUUUAAUUAAUUUGAGAUUUAAUGUUAUGUGCCAAUUCUUUUUACUUUUGUGGUAACCAUACCUGUUACUUUAUAACUGUAAUUGCUAAACAAAUAUCGUUGUGUAUCCUUUAUGUUUAAUGUUAUGUUGCCAAGUGACACUAUAAUAUUAUGCGUGUUUUAUUUUAUCUACUUUUGUUCAAUAGGAAUCCCAAAAACCUGGCUAGAAGAUCUGCACCUAGCACAUGAAACUGAUGAAACUUCAUCUAAAUUGAGAGAUCUGCGUUUAUUCUGUAUUUGUUGUGCGUGUGUUUAUUUUUUAAUAUAGGGAAUGUACUUUAUAAAAAAAACGAAGGGAGUGAUACUGUCCAUUUAAAAAAAAAUUGUUGAUGAAGUCUAGAAUUUUCAAAAUCUUUAGGGAUCUAUUGUGCAGAUGCCAUUUGUUCAAAAUAAAGUUUACCUUUAAAGUUGUA